AUGGGCACGGGGGAGUUCACACUGAAUUUCUACGUUAUCGAAGACUUGAAGAACGCAGCGGUGACUGCUGCCAGCAACGGGCACUUCGAAGUGGUGCAAGUAUUGCUGAAGGAGAUUGUACAGCAACGAGAAUACAGGGCCGUUGGGUACUUUUCUCAGCAAGAAAUCAUCGCGCACAAGAACCGUUGUGCGUGGAGUAUCCUGGACGCGGCCGCAGCAGACGGGUAUGCAGAUAUUGUGAAAUUUGCAGCUCGUUACGCACACGAUGACAACGACUAUGGCAGUCCUCCCGGGAGUGUCACGAGUUCGGGUCUCUUCAGCGCCAUUUCUCGCGGUCACACUGAUAUUGUGGCGUAUCUGGUUAGUCGUGGGUAUCGUUGGAAUGUCCUUGAUGCCGUUGAUCAGGCUGCGAAGGCCGGACACUUUGAGGUGGCCAACGUGAUAUACAACGCGUACCACCCGGAGUACCCCGUCGAUAACAUUUUCCUUCGGAUGGCCCGCACAGGGAUGACUGACGCACUCAAGUACCUGUAUCACGCGGGCCACGAUGACCUCGACCUGGUAGGAAAAGCGUUCCUAUGUGCCUCAGGGAAUAUCGGGAUUACCGACUUUUUGUGGGAGACUGGGAAAGUUUCGUCAGAACAGUUCGAAAAGGAUUUUGAGAGCGCAGCCUGUUGUGGAUUUGUUGAAUUCAUGAAGAGUCUGCUCAACAAGAGAAGCAUCUCGGCCGAUAUACUGAACAAGGCGUUCAAGGAUAGUACGCACAAUACCGUCACCGGGCUCAAGUGUCUUCUGCAGACCGACAAGAUUCGCGCGGAGUCGAUUGGCACUUCUUUUCGUGUCGCUUGCCACAAUGGAGCUUCCGAAGGCAGGUGCGCUGACGUGGUGAAAUUCCUGAUCGAGCAGUCUUGCCUGUCAUCCGGCGUGAUUAACGAGGCACUUCUAUCAGCUGUGAACGACAACCAGUCUCGAGUGGUCGAGAUUCUAGUUGAUGACCAUCGUCUGUCGCCUGGUGCGGCCAUCAAGGCGUUUGAGAGUGCAUUCACGAAAGGAUCCCAAGACAUUAUGGAGGUUUUGGUGAAAAAAGACUUGAUUUCUCCUGAACUGCUGCAGAGCGCCUUUAUGCGGGUGUUCAACUCUGGGCGCAACUCGCAUUUGCGAGAAUUUCUGUACGACGAAGGGCAUAUUCCUGAAGCAGUGGUCCGCAAAGCUCUUCUCAACGCCGCUCGCCGAGGAUACACUGACGCAGUUGAAUUUCUUUUGGACAAGCCAGAAGCCUCUCGUGACGUGAAGAUCGAAGCGUUCAUGCUCGCGGCGAGGAACGACAGAGUGAAAGCUGUCAAGUACAUGGAAUGGCGCGGAAAUUUACCACUCGAAUCGCUGACCGAAGCACUGAACGCGACGACAAAUCAGAAGCUGCAACAAUUCCUGACUGGGCGGAUCGGACGCGACACGAACUAG